AUGUACAAUCACAAUUCCAUUGUGGAAAAUGGAGUAUCCAAGUCAAUCCACAAGCUAGGAGCAGAGGGGUGCAGAACCAUGCACAGAUACCAGUCCCUACAGAUCUUCCGACAAACCAUUGGCAACAUAGCAAUGAAUGGCACAACCACAGCAUCCAGCACGCUGCAAGGACAGUUAGACGACAAAGGAACAUGCCAAGGGGUAACUUACCAAGAAAAUGAACGACUAUGGACCGAUGUAGUAAUAGUAGCAGCAGUAUCAAUUGUGACCAGAGAUUAUGACACGUCAGUAAGCCUAGAUGAUAACAAGAUACACCUACAAGAAGGCGUAACAUGUCCAUACCUAAAAGGAUAUUGUUUCGACUUAACUUAUGGAGAAACAAUCUAG